AUGACUGAAAUUCGAAAAUACGAGAAUAGUAAAUUUUAUUAUUUUGAAGAUGGGAACAUCUUGCUUAAGGCAGAAAACACAAUCUUCAAAGUACAUCGUGGAAUUCUCUCUUGUGCGUCCGUUGUCUUUAAUGACAUGUUCGAGAAAGCUGACGGUGGCAACACUAGUAUUCCCGAGGUCAGCUUGACCGAAUCCGCGAGUGAACUUGAACUGUUGUUGAAUUUUGUGUAUCCAUCCCCUAAAGUACGGUUGAACUGGCAAACCAUUCCAAAAUUGUUGCAACUCGCCGAUAAAUACAUAAUUAAAAGUAUUCUCGAUUAUGGGAAGGAUUUUCUGGGAUUACAUUUCCGCGAAAAUCUCAUAAUUUCGUUGGUAGUUGCCGAAACACAUUCGUUUUCACAAAUAUACAAAGAAUCGUUUAUCCUUGUAGUGGAUCAACUUCCAGAAUACAUUAAAAUGCCAGAAUUCAUUAAUUUAUCCAAAGAAACCAUUAUAAAGCUACAAGCUUGUUGGUUCAAAUAUAUCGAAAGAUUAGGCAAAUUGAACAACCUUAAUUCUUGUACCUUCAUUCCGCGUCGACAGCAUACUUGUGGCGAAAGGAGUACACAUAAUAACAAAGUGUUCGAUGAAUUGGAAAAAAGAAUAAAGAAAAUUCAAGUUUUUCCACCACCUCCUCCUUCCGAGGCUUUGGAGGAUUUACUGGACAAAAUGAAAUUAGGUUAUAAUGAUGAUUGGAAAAUUGAAGAAUAUCUUAGUAGGAAUGUUGAGAUGUGUUUAGGUAAAUUCGAUAGAUUGGAUUCAGAAUCCAAUAAAAGGUUCGAUAAGAACUAUCUUAGUUUCGAUAACUGA